UUUUAUUUCAGGUUUAUUUUCCAUCUGUAACGGAAUAUUUUUUUCUAGAUACAGCAGGAUUACGAAUUACUAUUGUUUUCUAAAAAAAUAUAUACCAAAUAUUAAUCUUUGAAAAAAAAAAUCAAACGGCUCAUAACGACUCACCCUAGAAACGCGUCAUGACGCGGUUACAUUCUAUAAAUACCCUUCCAACCCUAAGUCUUUCAUCACACUCAAAACAUUCUAAUCUCUUUCAAUUCUCUUCACUUUUGAAAUUUUUUGAAUCUCUUUUUUUCAUCUUUCUACUAUGGCUUCCUACACCGUCGUUUUGAUGCUAGUUGCCACUUUGUUGGUGAGUUCCACCAUUGCUCAAUCUCCAGCAUCAUCUCCAACCAGAUCGCCGGUUGCCUCUCCACCAAAGUCUUCUCAGUCUCCGGCUCCAGCGGUUUCUCCCUCCGCUAACUCCCCGGCGGCAUCUCCUCCCGUACCUGUGAAGAACGCUCCAUCUCCUUCACCAUCCACCAUCAGCUCUCCACCAUCUCCUUCUUCCCCUUCCCCUGCUACUCCAUCCACCGCUCCUGCCGUUACUCCAUCAACCAUCACUAAUCCUCCUUCUGAAGCACAAUCACCUUCCGAUAGCGGCGCUGGUUUGAACAGAUUCACCGUCGCCGGAUCUGCUGCUGUUGUGGUUUUCGCUGCUGCUUUGAUGAUGUAGAGAACUACUUUUUCGUUUGAUCUAUUUUGUUUUAUAUCACGAAUAUAUAUGAAUCGUGAACUUUUUACCUUUUUUUUGCUUUGAUUUGAUCUGUGUGAUGACUUAUUCAUUUGAUUAAUUUUGUAAUCUAUUUAUUUAUUUAAUGAGUGAUACGUUUUAUUCCUUUUA